AUGGAAGCGAGAUCUGCGCACGACUCCGCGUUGACGUUGCAGAUGCCGAGCUGCGGCAAACGUUUAUGAAGAGAGUCAAGCUAAUGUUUGACGACGAUGUGGCGCUGGAAGUGGCCCGGUCAUUCUCUUCCCUAGGAGAGCAAACGCAAAAGAACAUCGCUGUCGCGACGAUGGACAAGGAGACACGCAAGACGCUCCAAACGAAAAUCGACGAGGCACUUGAGAACAGCAGUGAGCGUCAAAAAUGGCUUGCCGCAGAGGAUGCCGCAACAGGCGAGGAGAUCCGCUUGGCUAAGGCUGAACUAGAAAGCAAUCUUGCCACUCUUCGAGAGCUUGCUGCUGCAGACGCAAAAGCGAAAGGACCGAACAGGAAUUUAGAUCAACAAGACGCAGCUCUCCCUGUAAGAACUGAAGUCCAGCUGAAUGCGUUGAAGCAGGAGCUUCUCAGAGUAUUCGACUUUUUUCCGUUGCCGGGCAAGGUCCACGGUAUAAUUUCCGAGUGCAUCGGAACGUGCCUGGUCAACGAGCGCAUGUUCGAAUCUUAUCUUCGCGCACGAGACCGUUUUCUUGCUGUCGGUGGGUCACUCGCACCAAGCACAAGUCGCAUUUGCGUGGCGCCAUAUGCGCAGGAAGCAAUCUACGAUGAAAUUCAAGCCGAAUCGACUUGGUGGACGGAGGUGUGCGACCACCGCACACACACUUCUACAACUUCUAGUACCUCAGCCUCAGGAGCUUUACAAGAUCAUAGUUUUCAACCUGGAUCUGGUCCAAUGACAGGACCAGCACCAUCUGUCUUCCCGUAUGGUCUAGACUUGCGCUGUGUUUCGAAGAUGCACCUGGAUGAAGCACUGUCGACACCGAUCUGUGACAUUUUUUCUCCCGAGAGUGUGCUUUUGGCAGGCUCUGCAUCUUCGUCUUCGAAUUGUUCAAGUGCUGACGCUAGAGGUAGUACUAGUUGUGUUCUUAACAACAUGUCUUCAUCUGGUGUGCCACAAGGCGACGCGCCAACAGGUGCUCCUAUGCGGGACCUGAACAUCAGCGAAAAGCAUUUUGACUGGUACAUCGAGGAGGAAGAUGACCUCGAAUGUAUCAAGAUUCCGUUCGAGUUUUUUGGCGCUCCGAGACCGAGAAUUGAUGCCGAAAGGACGCGAGUUAUCAUAGACACGACAAAUAUCAAUAUUUCAACAAAGCAGCAGCAAUCUUCAGCACUGGGACCAAGUGGGAGCGUGGUUACAAGGACAACGAGCACGGGUGAUAAAAUUCCCAUGGAUCAGUUGGCGUGUCCACAAGGUGCCUCGUCACCCAACGGGAGUCAGUUGGUUUCUAGUGCCACAGGCCCAGCGCAGGAAGACGUCGCGACCUCCGCUAAUGGUGUAAAGGCAGUAAACGCCGGACAGGGGGGAAGUUCAAGAACUGCAUCAUUCGCUCGCGAACCCCGUAGCCGCGGUUUGACGAAGACCAGCGCUUGCCAAUUCAAUAACACCUUCGGGGACAUCGGCAAAACUAACGUCGCACAAGACACGACGAGUGGUGGAUUGAAGGAGCACAAUGCUACCGACGACAAAAAAGAAGUGGAUCAACAUGGAGCACCAGAGCCGAGUGUAAAAGCAACAAGUACUGAAAUUGUUACAUCAUCUUUGAUUAUAGAAGGAGGUGAUACAACCGCUGAACAGGUGGGACCAUCCUCCUGCCCCUUUGGGGAUGAUUUCAAUGAGGACGAUUUCGAGAUCAUUUAUCCAGAAGAGUUCUUAGACCAGACCCACAACCUGCCUAUGGACAUGGAGGAAGGCUUUUGUUCUGCAGCACUCAACGCUGUAGAAGCAGUACCAAGCGUUCCUGAGCAGCAGGCUCUUGCAACAGUAUCAAAAGUGGGGGAAGUAGAAGUAGCAGGAGCACCGUCCGUAGCUUCCUCACCACUCGGCUCUCCUGUUAUCGUUGAAAAUGUUGCUGUAGAAGCCUCAGCGUUAGCUUCGCAGAGUCAGUAUGAUGAAGACUUUCCCCUUACGAAAAGAGAAGCUCCCGCGGAAGUAGUAUCGAAGCUCGCAGUUCCGAGAGAGGAUGUCACGACAAUUCAUGGAUUGUUGCUGUGGUUUGAUUGCGGCUUCGAAAAUCAUGCUCCCGAUGUGGAGGUGAAAACAGCUUCUUCAGCUCCUUCAGGUUCAUCAGUUAAUGCCAGUGUAGCACACAGUAACGACUUGGAGCUCUCCACUUCUCCCUGGAAUGUGCCGACCCACUGGCGCCAGAUGCUCUUCCCCUUCGCCGAUCCUUUGCGUCUCCGCGGCAACGAGCGUGCGUUUGGUCGCGUGAAGUUAGAAAUCACUGACACAAUGUCCUACAUGGCCGUGGUGGAUGUGCAAGUUGAAGACUACCUGGAUCUGCAAGGCAGCAAGCUCCUUGAUGGCGAGAAGAAACUGCUUUACACGAAGCGAUUCGGGCCCUUCGACAUCGCACAUCCCGACUACACGUUGAUGGACCGCGUUCGCGCAAGGGCGGCGACUGCCGCUGCUCCACCCGUGUGAGUGCUUGUAGUAACCACUUUGUCACCGGCGGUGGCACACAGAAGCUGUUGUAAGUAGUCUAAUCCAUAGGCAUAGUGAGACAAAAAUAUAAAGUGAUAUCUACAUCAGUCGCGCAGAGAGAUGAAGUGUGCAUAUUUUUACCAAUCAAAGUAAACGAAUUAACGAUAACAAGCCCAACACAAAAGACUAUCGCCUCAGCCCCAAUGAAAAAAUGCUGAAAGCAACCCCACUCCGAAAAGGAAAAGACCAAAGACUGAAUCAUGGCCCCGUGAUACACGAGUGUGAAGGAGAUGAAAAAUCUUUGAUUUCCUGCUCGUAAAACGCAUUGACUAUGGAUCUGAUUUUUUGCACGUG